CGCUUUCGUUUUCCUUCUGCACGCAUGCUCAGUAUCUUCACUCGGCUCAUUUGCAUCAGUUUGGAGAUCCACCGGUCCUACCACACAUGGAUCCCCUGUGAGAAAAGCGAGGGCUCCGGCCAGGAGGGGUGUAAAAGGUGUCCAAUGGCGCUGUGCUCCGAGACCUGUGCAUCUGGUUCAGGAGGAGAAUCCUCUGGCAGUGAGGGUUCCAGCUGCCUUCAGUUUGGGGUUCGAUCCUAUCUGCACCACUUUUAUGAAGAGUGCUCCUCGUCCGUGUGGGAGAGAGACCCAGAGAAUCGAGGGUUCGUCCAGAACCAGAGAACAGCCCUGUGGUGGAACUCGGCAGUCUGGAAGGUGUCCUUGGCUCUGGGUCUCCUGAUCCUGACUGCAGGUGUCGUGUCCAUGUCUGUCGGUUAUGCUACCCCCCACAAAAUUGAGGCAUUUGGAGAGGGAGACCUGUUCUUUGUGGACUCCCAGGCUGUCAGCUAUAACAGGGGAUUGCAUGUCAGCACAGCAGCCGGGAUCGGGCUGUCCUGCCUGGGUUCUGCCCUGGUGAUGAUGGGAGUUGUUGUUUGGAUCCUACCCAGGGCCAAACUGAAAGAGAGGCUGUUUCACAGAUCGGGGGAAGAGAAAGCAAAGCCGGGGUCUAAGUGGAAGGGAUUCAGGGAUUUUGGGGAUGUGGUCACCAAGCCGCCAGGUACUGAGGCUGCGAAGAUGCCCUUUACUCUGUCAAAAGUGAAAAAUGUGCAGCCACCUUCGUAAAAAGAUAAGAAUAGAGCAACAGGGUGUACAGGCUUUUGUUCUAGUCCCGUGGCCUCUUUUACACUGUCUCCCCAUUGUCUCUGAUCGGUUUUUCCUCUGUGACCUAAAUAUUACAGGCAUAAGACAUCAGCAAGGUACUUUAAACACCUUUCAGGCUUGAAAAAUGCAUCUUAAUGAAAGAAGACUGAGGAGAUGAAAUAUUAUUUUCAAUGGAUAUGAAUUAAAAUGCAUAAACGAAGCCUCAAACAAAGGCCAAGAGUCCUUAUAGCUCUCUUUAACACCAAGAAGUGCAGCACAAAGACAUAGUUGUUGACCAUAAACUCUGUGUGUGAGUGCUACUGCCUCAAAGAGCAGAUUUCUUCCUAUUUAAUAGUGUUGCUGGAUGUUUGCUAUUCAUUUUUUUAGUUUUUUAAAAUCAAAAUAUUAUCAGCUUUCUGAAUUGUAAUAAAAAAGUAGUGACAUACAGAGCAGGUUCUGAUGAAAAAAAAAACUAUCUAGAUUUUCACAUAUCUACACUAAUGCUGAACACAUGUACAGUCACACACACGCUGUCACUUAUCUUCACCCACACAAAUUUGUGCUCCAUUGACAAUGUCACCUAUUUUCUCCCUGCUGUAAUCUGGCUCUGUAAUUGCCUGCAAUCUGCGUAUCCAGGCAACAGUUGGGCUUCAAGUGCUCUAUUUUGAACUCUGAACAAAGACUCAAUCCUGAUUGGUCCCUCUCUUCCCCUCUCUUUAUUAUCACACCUAUCAGAUUUUUUGUUUACAGGCAUAUACAGCAGCAACAAGUAAGUGCUGAUGUGAGAGGAAAUUGCACUGGCACCUUAGAGACCACCGGUCCAAUUUGGUCCUACUAUUUACUUUAAUAGGUGUUAUAAUACAGAGUACAAAGGUUUAAAAAAAAAAGAAAAAAGCCUGUCAAUAAAGGAAAAACCAUCAUGUCCAGAUAUAAUGGCACUGAUUCCUCUGAAUGUUACUGUUGGUGUUUCCUUGUUUUGCUGUGUUUUGUUCAAAGUAAUGAAGUAAAAUUUGGUUAGUGUCACCAGUGCGAAGCAAAUGACUAAAUAAAUUUGUGAUCUGCAGACUUAA